UUCCUGCUGUAUCAUCCAGAUUUUGGAGGCUCGAUACAAUUUUACCCAUCUUAGCCAUCUAAAUUUCCCGACUUCAUCACCCUCCUCCCACUAUGGCCUCCUCCUCAUCAGUAGGAGAUAAACAACUGCAGCGGAUAAUCAGAGAUCUGCAUGAUGCAGUUGCUGAGUUGAGUAAAGAACACAAGGAAUAUGGUGAACCCAUAACCGAUGACAGCGGCAAUUUGCACAAGUUUUUCUACAAGCUGGAGUACCUUCUACAGUUUGACCAGAAAGAGAAGACAACCUUUCUUGGGCAGAGAAAAGACUACUGGGAUUACUUCUGCGACUGCCUGAUUAAGAUCAAGGGACCUAACGAUGGCAUCCGCUUCGUUAAGUCCAUCCCUGAGUUGAAGACUUCACUGGGAAAAGGAAGGGCCUUCAUCCGCUACUCACUCGUUCACCAGCGUCUUGCUGAUACUCUGCAGCAGUGUCUCAUAAAUCAGAAAGUUACAAGCGACUGGUAUUAUGCCCGGAGUCCCUUCCUCAAGUCCCACCUCACCGCUGACAUAAUCAACCACCUUUAUGAGCUCAACCAGAUCCAAUUUGAUGUGGCCGCCAGAGGUUACGACCUUGAUGCAGAUUGGCCUACAUUUGCAAGGCGGACUUUAGGAGCUGGCUCUUCAGCUUCUCUUUGGAAGCCUCCAAGUCGUUGCUCCAGUAUCAACAGCCUUGUUAGCAGCUAUUCACACGCACAGGCACAGGAGUUUCUCCCAAUCCCAGAUUUGAGUCACAGUCUGCUUGGAGAACUGGGCAAGCUGGGAGAGCCUUCUCCCUCCAGUGUCGCCGAGAAUCUCCGCAUCGAACUUGACCAAUCGGAGCUCAGACAGCAGGAGCUUUCGGUACGGGUUGAGGAGUUGGGGAAAGAGGCUGCUGAGCUGAAAGGUGUCAUUAAAGACCUUCAAGACCAAUUAUCAGCUCAGAAGUCUUGCAAUUCAGCAUCUGUCGCAGCCCAAAGUUGCCAAGAAACAGGUAAUGAGGACAGAGUAAAUCACCAUCAAAGCUGCAGGGAAUCAGCCAUAACUGAUUUACAAGACAGACUCACAGCUGCUGAGAGCAGAAAUAUGGAGCUUCUCUCAAAGUUAGAUGAGUCUCUUAAAGAAAAGGGACAACAAACAGCCAGUUACUGCGACUCAGCGUGGAAAAUUCAGGAACUCCUGGACAAACUGAAGACUGCACAAGAGGAGAGAUUAGAGGCGAAGAGAGAGGCCGAGGACAGGGCCAGGCACUCUGAGCGUCUGUCACAGGAACUAAAACUAAGGGAAGAUGAGUUGAGAAAAAGCGAGGAGAAGCUGGCUGAGGUGAAAGCUGGUGCCCACGAUGAACGAGAGCAAGCAUUUGUGCGGUUGGAAGAGCUCCAAAGUGCGGUCGGUCGAAUCCAGGGGGCAUUGACUGUAAAAGAGAAGGAGACGGGUAACUUGAGAGCCCAGCUUCAGGAUCUGCAAGCCUCACUGGAGUGCAGGGAACGGCAGGCAGAGGAACUGAGAAAAAGACUCCAGGAGGAGAGGGACGAGGUACAACAGAGAUGCGCUAUGAGCAGUAGCCACAGUGAGGAACUUGAGGUGCAGGCUUUGGAUUUCAAAAACACUCUAAAAAGCAGAGACAGGGAACCGGCUUCCAGUUCAGAAAGGAUCCAGCAUUUCGAGGAGCAGUUGGAGAAGCUAAAUGUUGAGGGAGAAACUCUGUGCUCCCGAUCUGAUGAUAAAAACGUUGCAGUCUGUGAUGAAACUGAGAACACUGAUGAGUACAAAACUCAGUGGAACAAUCUCAUGGAAAUGAACACAAAGCUCCUGCAAAUGGUUAGAAAGAGUGAGGAGAGCAUCACAGAACUAACAGAGAGCAGGGCUGUCCUCUUCGACCAGCUGGCUACUUUGAAGGCCUCUGAGAAACAUUUAAAAGGCAGAGUGGAAGCUGCAAACAUGAGCGUGGAAGACAGAGAGAAGGUGCUUUUGGAUAAAAACCUGCAUUUGGAAGAAACUCUCCAAAAAGUGCUUUUCCAGAAGGAAAAAUCAGACGAGCGGUUAAAGAUGUUAGAACAGGACAAUAUGGAGCUCUCGGAGGCUCAGUCCUCUUUGAGUGAGCAGAUGGCCAUAACUAAACAGGAAAUGGAUUCACUCACAACCAAAGCUGAAAAGCUGGAGAAGAACCUCACAGUCUCCCAAAGAGGUCAAGCAGAGCUGCUUGAGAAGCUCCAUGAAACCGAAGCUAAGCUCAGAGAGCAGACAGUGAAAUGUGGCCUCCUGCAAGCUCGAGCAGAUGAGCUGGAGAGCAGGAAUGGAGAGCUGAACAAUGAAAAAGGUGCUGCAGAGAGCAACGAAAAAAUGCAGAAGCUCCGCGCUGACCACCAGACCUCCUCCCUGGAGGCCAAAGAGGCGCCGAUCAGGCUGGUCAUCGCAGAGGCUCAACUGGAGCUCAACCUGAGGGAGAUCAGCAGACUCAGAGAAGAGGUGGUGGAGCUCAGGGCUCAGCUCCUGGCAGGGAACGAGGAGAGGGUGAAAAUUCAGGCCAUGCAGGAGGUGACCGAGACCUCCCGAGAGGAUCUUCGUAGUUUAGCAGAUCAGCUGAAGGCCCAGGUGGAGCAGCUGAACCGGCGGCAUGUGGACGAGAUCCUUAGAUCUCGGGAGCGCGAGGAAGCGCUCGUCCGUGAGCGUGACGGCGAGGCGCAGGCUCGAGCGGGUCUCGCCGCAGAGGUGACGGCAUCCAGAGAGGAGUUUGAUCAAAUGAAACUACGCUUCGAAGGUCUGCGCGUGGAGAACGGCGAGUCGCGGGAGGCCCUGCACAGAGCCAACACGGAGACGGCAGAACUGGGAGUACACGUGUGCAUGCUGACGGCUGAGAACGAGGAGGCCCGUCUGCGCUGGGAGGGCCUGUCGGCCAGGCUGCAGGAGCUGGAGGAGGAGGCGGCUCAGGAGGCAGAGAGGCUGAACAUGCGGAUGGAGCAGCUUUGCCAGGAGAACCAGGAGCUCAGCAGUCAGCUCCAUAACAAUGAGGAUCUGUUGGGAUCCGAACAGAAACUGCAGUCAGAGCUGAGCAAAGUUCAACAGGAGGCCAAAGCCGUGCAGCAGACGAGCCAGGAGGAGAUUCAGGGACUCCGGUUCCAGCUCAGCAGUCAGGCCAUGCACUACAGCAACCAGCUUCAGAGUGUGAAACAGGAGUCACAAGAAGUGAGGUUGCAGCUGGUGACUGACCAGGAGAAAGUUAUUGACCUCCAGAACAAUCUCAAGCAGCUGGAGGCUGAGAAUCAGAGAUAUUACCAACAGAUUGAAGAGAAAAACAUCCAGAUGGCCGAGUCUGCAAAUCUCCUCCUGCGGAAAGAACACGAGAUAAUCCAUCUAAAAGAGAAUUUAUCAAGGUGUGAGGAGAGUCUGACGGCGGCUCAGCAGACCUGUCGUGAGAUGGCUGAGAAUCUGCGGCGGCUCAAACAGGACAAACAGAGCCUUGACCUUAGGACAGCUGCUGAGCUCGAUGAUCUUUACCGUACCAAAAUCAAUCUGGAGGAACGACUUGUGGAGCUUAUCAGGGAGAAAGAUGCACUUUGGCAGAAGUCAGACGCUCUGGAAUUUGAGCAAAAGCUGCGGGACGAGGAGACGGAGAGGGACGUUAACUACUGUCUCGGGUGUCACACUCAGUUCAGCUGGUGGCUCCGCAAAUACAACUGCAGACUCUGUGGGCGUCCCUUCUGCUAUUACUGCUGCAGCAACGCGGUGAGCACCCAGCAGGGAGGAACCAGGGAGCGCUGCUGCGGGGACUGUUACAACCAGCACAGUGCAGUAGUUGAGCGCCACCCGGAGGAUCAAGGGACUCACAGCACACCGGAUUCAUCUUUCAGCCGCCUGCUUCAGGCUGGCCGAGCUGUGAUCAAUGUUACAGGUGGAGAUGAAGGAGAAAAACUGGAUGAUGGAGUUUUUGACAUCAUCACAGAUGAGGAAGUGAGCGGCGUUUAUGACAGAGAACCUCACUUUUUUGAUACUCCCUGCUCACCUGGACAAGGACAGCAGGGGGCAGCACAACUAACCAGCAGCGCCAGUGCAGGAGACAUCGUGUCUGAUGCCGAGGACGUCUGUACUGCGGUGCAGGAUGCAGAGAUCUGCCUGCUGAAGUCUGGAGAACUCACACUCUCUGUCCACUUCAUGGUGGAGGACAUCUCAGGGUUUGGGAGCAGCUCCCGCGAGCUCUUCAUCAAGUCCAGCUGCUACAGCUUUAUCCGCAUCACCAUGAACUGUCCUGGUCCCACCGUCUCCUGGACCUUCACCUCGGAACCAAAGAGCAUUUCCUUCAGUGUGGUCUACAGGGAGAAUUCAGAGACUCCGGUGGAGCAGGCCAAGGUGUUGAUCCCUCUGACUCGCUGCAACUCCCACAAGGAGACGAUACACGGGGAGCUGAAAGUCAGAAACCCAGGAGAAUACACUCUCAUCUUUGAUAACUCCUUCUCCAGGUUCAUCUCGAAGAGGGUGCAGUAUCAUCUGAGUCUAGACAAGCCUGUGGUCUACGACGGAAGCGACGUCCUCUGAAGGUGCGACACUGCGUUCUGUGUCAAGAUGUUUGCACACGUACAUCAUGACAAGGCAAAACGGUGCUGCAGAGCAACUUCGGUCAAAGGUCGUGGCAUUUUAAAAAUGAAACACUAAGAGAGGCUGAUAGAAUGCACUACGUUUUGUAAAAGCUCGUUUACAUGUAGCAUCGAGGACGACCAGCAUCACUCCAAAGCAAACAAUGCAGUUAUGAAUAUUUGAAUGCGAAGAGCUGGGGCUGCACAUACAAGUGGAUUAACACCUACAGUUGUAGCUGCUGCAUCCAACUUUGCAGAAGUAAAAGUGCAUGUUUUGAUUUUCUUGGGGUUGAGUCGUUUACCACAAGACCACAUGAAAUAUGAUGCUUUCUGUACAGUUUGAUAUGAUCAAUAUUUUCUGUCGAUGAUAGUUAGACUUUUUUUGUUGCAAUAUCAGUAUUUCUCAUUCUCUUUGACAUACUAAAGAAGCUGCUAAUGUUUUUUUUAUUAUUUAUUUAGCUUUAUACUUGCUUUAAUGAACCAUUAUUAAACCAUUUGAUAUCAUUGACUUUUUAAAUCGGCUUUUGAAAUUUCAUAUGAACCUUUUUAUUGGCAUACAAAAUAUCCAGUCUGAUAUUCGUCGUGGUUGCUGUUGCCUUUCAACAAUCAGAUUUUAGAAGAGGUGGAUUAGUUUUUAUGCAGCUAUAAGGAAAGGAGAGUGAGAACAUGUGUUUAAGCUGCAGCACCAACACAGCUUUUGCUUUCGUUUACAGAAUCAUAAACAGAAAAUUGUUUUAAAUCAAUGCAAUCUCUCUAAUUGUUACAGUUCAAGACAGGGUAGAAUGCAGAUAGCUGCUUUAUAUACAUAUAUGAAAUGAGAACGUCUGCAUUAUUACUUAAGUAAGACGGAUCAGAGGGUUAAGUUUCAAUACUUUAAAUAAUUAACUAUUUUUAGGACAUUAAUUUAAAUUGUCCCUGCUUUUUGUUUUGCAGUAAAUGCAGCAAACAUAUAAUUGCUUCUCAAGCGAUACUUGCAGAUGUUGAAUAAAAAAAUAAUGUUUGCUUUUGAAAAAAAAUAAUUUUUUUUGGUGUUUUUUUUUUUUUUAGGAAAAUCUUAAUUGAAACAGAUGGUUCUUUUUUCAUGCCGUUGCCGUGUAAUUACUUUUACAGUUCUAAUGUGUGACCGAAAUGUCACCCUAAAUAUAGAAAACCUGCUGCGUGUCAAAAACAAAAGUAAAACCGCCUUCAAGUGAUCUCAUUUAUAUACCUGACAUUUUCUGAUCUAGAACUUUCAUGAAAAGUAUUUCAUGUAGAAAUAAGUCCGGCGAAUUCUGACUUGAAAACACUUAAUCACAGCUGUUCAUCGGAGAAUUUCUUAAAUAUCUUAAAUAUACAUUUUUAAGCCUAUUUUAUGUUGUGAAUAAAACUGACAAAAAGACAACUGAUGUAUUGCCAAAUAUGCUGACGAGAUAUAUUUGUCUAUUUUACAAUUAUUAAAUGGGAAUUUAUAUUUAAGAUGCUGCAAAACAGCUGUUAAACAGUGCACUUUUGGAAAGGCUUUUUGAUUGUUUGUAUUGUAAAAGCCUUUGAGCCGCUGAUGAAUGGCUUUUCUUUCCUGUUGAAUGUAGUUCAGUGUCUUUGAAGAUGUUUUACUGCUGGAUUUGCCCAGAGGGAAGCUUGAACUCUAUUUUACCUGUAAAUGACUUGAAAAUGUUUUAUGACAAUAACAUUUACAUACUAAAUAUUUAUAACAAAGACCUGAAAAUCAUUGUUUAAUAAAUAGGA